GCUCCAGCUCCGCGCGUGCGCGAAGGGCCCCGCGCGGCCUUGUGGGGGUUACGGUGCGGGCUCCGUUUCCCGUGGUGCCCCGGGCGGCGGUGGGUCGGCGCGCGCGGCCUUGGCCGGGCGGACUGCGGAGCCAUGGAGAGCGGCUUCGGCUCGGAUUUCGGGGGUUCCAGCGGCGGGAAGCUGGACCCGGGGCUCAUCAUGGAGCAGGUGAAGGUGCAGAUUGCCGUGGCCAACGCGCAGGAACUGCUGCAGAGGAUGACCGACAAGUGUUUCCGGAAGUGCAUUGGGAAGCCGGGAGGCUCCUUGGACAAUUCGGAGCAGAAAUGCAUCGCCAUGUGCAUGGACCGCUAUAUGGACGCCUGGAACACCGUGUCCCGCGCCUACAACUCGCGGCUGCAGCGGGAACGAGCUAACAUGUGACCCGGAGGCGUGGCACCAUCCCGAGAAUCCACGCACGAGGGUCCCCCACCCGGUGCCCAUUUCCAUCGGUGUGCUCUCUGAAGCGGGACUGCCCGCCCAUGGCCUGUGAGGGUGGCGCAGUGCGGGGACAGUCGCGGUGUACCCCUACUAGCGAGCGCAGCUCGGGUCUGGGAAUCCACGGCCUUCCCUGGAGUGCCCAGGUCAGCCUGCUCUCCUGGGCCGAGAACGCUUGUCUGGACCUUGAUGCGGUGGGAGGUGGUUAGGCCCCACCCGACUUGUGGUCUCUUGAGGGAGGACCAAUAAAUUGCUGACCGAGGGGCAGAAAAGGGCAUGCAUUUU